AUGGGUUGUUUGGUGAAACUGUCAUUAAUAGUUUUGGUAUUGGCAGUCGUCAUAGGAUUUAUAUUUAUCAAAUUUCAAGAAAUCAAUGAAAUACCAAAAUUAAAAUUGGAGUACUGGGGACCAGGUAAAGAAAAAAGUGAUGAUAAAACAAUAAGGCCAUUCAAAAUCAGCAUUCCAGCAUCAGAAUUAAAGGAACUAAUGGAAAAAUUAGACAAAACAAGGCAAUUCACUCCCCCACUGGAAGGUGUUGGUUUCGAAUAUGGUUUUAAUACUGAUUACUUGAAAGAUAUUCUUCAAUUCUGGAAAACUAAGUAUAAUUGGACAGAGAGAGAGGCCUAUCUUAAUAGUUUUCCUCAAUUCACAACAGAAAUUGGAGGCUUGGAUAUCCACUUCUUGCAUGCAAAACCAGAUCCUGUUACGACAAAAGGCAAACAAGUUCUGCCAUUGCUUAUAAUGCAUGGAUGGCCAGGUGCAGUUAGAGAAUUCUACCACUUGAUUCCAUUGUUAACAACACCUCAACCAGAUUUUAAUUUUGUCUUUGAAGUAGUUAUUCCUUCCCUUCCUGGCUACACAUUUUCACAAGGAGCUACCAAACCUGGCUUAGCUUCAGCACACAUUGCAGUUUUGUUUGAUGAACUUAUGUCAAGGCUCAAUCAUGAUAAAUAUUAUGUCCACGGAGAAGAUUGGGGCUCUGCUAUUGGAAACAGUAUGGCUAUUUUAAAUCCUAAUAAGAUUCUUGGUUUCCAUUCCACUCUAUGUGCAGCUAAUACUCCAGGAGCAAGAUUUCGUACAUUUAUCGCUUACUUAUUUCCAAAACUGUUUGUUGAUGAAUCGAUGCAAGAGCAAUACACAAGACAAUUUACAGAUUUUAUUUUCUUAGAGGCAGGAUUUCUUCAUAUUCAAGCAACAAAACCUGAUACAGUAGGUGUCGCUCUGAAUGAUUCUCCAAUAGGUCUAGCUGCAUAUAUUCUUGAAAAGUUUUCAACUUGGACCAAUAAAAACUGGCGAUCUCUACCAAAUGGCGGUCUCGAGAAUUUAAACAAAGUUGAACUGAUUGAUAAUAUCAUGCUAUAUUGGUUUACUAAAAGCAUUACAACAUCGAUGAGGUUGUACAGUGAACAGUUUAGUAGAGAAUUUAUGAGUUUAGGUAUUGAUAGAAAUAUAAAUACUGUUCCAACUGCAUGUGCCUGGUUUAAGAAUGAAUUAUUGUAUUAUCCAAAAUUUGUGUUAGAAGCUUCUUAUAAGAAUUUAGUUCAAGUCAGCCAUUUUCCAAAAGGUGGACACUUUUCUGGAUAUGAGGAGCCAAAAUUAGUAGCAGAUGAUAUUUGGAAGUUUGUUAAAACUCUUAUUACAAAAUAA